ACUACACUAGAUGUGAGUGACGUCAAACUUUGAUUUCGGAAAAUUAUUGUGUUUAGGCAUUAAUAUAGCUAAAACAAAAACCACCUAAAGAAAGUCAAAAUGUCGAUAACAGUGGAUGAACUAAAUUCAGCUACGAUGAAUGAAGAAAAAGAUUCUUUAAUGGCUCGAAUUAAUUAUAAUUGGCGAGAUAUUACAGAGGAUUUUUUCGAUUCUAUUAAAGAUUUGGAAUUAGGUGAAUUAUUACACGACGAAUUAUUUGGCCUCUUUGAAGCCAUGUCAGCUAUAGAGAUGAUGGAUCCGAAAAUGGAUGCUGGGAUGUUGUGUAAUAGAGGAAAUAACAAGCCUUACACAUUUAAUCAAGCAGUAGAUUCAGGAGCUAUAAAAUUGGACAAUUUUGAAGUUACAGACGUGAUAGCCAUAAUUGAUUCAACGUAUGCGUGCAUAGUUUCAUGGCUCGAGGGCCACAGCUUAGCACAAACUGUUUUUACAAACUUAUAUUUGCAUCAACCUAGCCAAAUUCAAGACAAGUCUUUGAAAACAUUUUGUUAUGCUGUUUAUAAAAUUAUUGAAAUCAUUAAAGAUUGUAUUACACGAGCUCUAGUCUUCGAGGAAGAGGAUUUUCAAAGUUUUAUGUAUGAUUAUCGACUUCAGCAGGAUAUUACAGAGCAAAAAACAGUUGCCAUGUUAAGAGAAGUUGAAGAAGAAUUGCACAGAAAAAGUCGUAUAAAACCAACGACCGAGGAAAAAGAGAAAGAGUACAACGAUGGACUAGCUCUUUACGCAAGGAUGCGAUUUACGAAAAUGUUUUAUCAAACGUUAAGUUUCUUGGGAAAAAGAGAUCAACUUCAUUCAAAUUUAACCGAUUGUCAAAGACUCCUUUCGAACUGCACCGAUAUGAUUCAAGUUAUGAUACGAACUGUAAAUAGUGGAUCCAAGGCAGAUGAAAUAACCGAUCAUCCAACUAUUAUGGGAUUUGAUCCCAUGAUAAACCAAAGAUUGCUUCCUCCAACUUUUCCAAGGUAUACCAAAAUAAAAUCACGAGUCGAGGCCUUAGAAUAUAUGGACGAAUUAUUAAAUCGAUUAAAAAUGGUCAUCAAAAUUACUGGUUAUACCAACUUUCAUAGUGCUUUAGAUUUCUUUUUAGAAUUUUCACGUCACAGUCCUUGUAUAUUAUCCAGAUCAUUGUUGCAAAUUGUUUAUUUGCCAUCAACAAGCCGAGUGUUUGGGUUACAAAGCUUUAAUGACGUACUGAGGGAUGCGGCCAGAAAUUUUAUUGCUCCUCCUGCUCUUAUGCCUAAAAAUGUAUUGCUUCAAAAUCAUCAAGCAAAAGAGUGUGUCGAUACGUUUUUAAAUCAUUGUGCCAAUUUAUUUGGAAAUUUGUUACAACUAAGUGGUCAUAACAGAGCAAGACAAAGAGAUAAAUUAGCCCAUUUAUUAGAUGACUUUGCUACCCUGCAAGAUGAGGCUGAAAGAGUUGACGGGUACAUGCAUACUUUAUCCAUGAAAAGCGAUACACCAAGGCCACAUUUAGCAUAUUUUAGUACCUGGAUUUUAUAUCACACGUUACGAGUAAUGGUCAUGUAUUUAUUAAGUGGCUUUGAACUUGAAUUGUACUCUGUCCACGAGUAUCAUUAUAUUUUUUGGUACCUGUAUGAAUUUUUAUAUGGUUGGCUAGUCUCAGCAAUUACAAGAGCAGAUUCAUUUUUAAUGGAGCAAGAUAUUCAAAAUGAAGCACAUAAAGGAAGAGGAAGCAGGAAGAGUGCAAAAAAUAAAAGAAAAAAAGUCGCUCCUAGACCUUACAGUUUAGAAAUUUUAAUGUACCAGGCAAUGCAAAAUAUUUGUGGAGGUUAUUAUAAGGCUUUAGUGGGCUUUCGACUAGACGGAAAGAUUCCUCUUCCUGAGAUGCAGUUCGAUUCUGAAAGAGUGCGAUACGAACACAGAUUAUUGCCAUUUUCGUCGUUUCUCACACCACCUCCAGUUCAUUAUCAAGAAUUUUUAGACAUGACGAACGCACAAAUAGAGAAAAGUAAAAAUUCUCUUUAUGAUAGGUUCACUAGUGAAAAUCAGUACUUAGCGGGUUGUCGUCACUUUCAUCAUUCGAGAAAUAUGCUGGAAAAAGCCUUAAGUCUCUAUCCUGCGAAUGCGAAUACAGUUAAUGAGAUAAGAGAUUUAUUGAAAGUAGCCAAAACGAACUUCAUUGUCCUCAAACUUCUGGCAGACGGACACAAAAAAGACUCAAAAGAUCCACCAGUAUUUGAUUUCUCAUGUCAUCAACACUUCCCACUAAUAAAAUUAACAUAAACUAACAAUUGUGAAGUAUAGUUUAUUACAACAUGAAAAUAUUUAUUAAAUUUAAUGUAAAAUUUAAUUUUCAGAGCAAUCGUUUUUAUUAAAUGUACAUUCGUCAAUUAUUUAACUACCAAUGUGAAUAUAUAUAGUUAAUUGUUUUCCUUAUAAUUUAAAAUUCUAUGAGAAUUGACAAACUAUUUAUAAAAUAUUUUUUUUGUGUUACGAAUUUGAAAAUCUUAUAAAUUUACCUGUGAGUAAAAAUGUCUCCAUAUUAUAGAUGAUUUCCCAUUUAUUAGUAAAUAUUUUUAAACUAGA